AUGGCGACUUACUACCACGGCAAUCCCGAAAUCCAACAAACUGCCGCGGCGGCGGAGGGACUCCAGACCCUCGUCCUCAUGAACCCUUCUUACGUCCACUACUCCACCGACACCGCUCCGCCACCGCCACCGCCUCACCACCACCACCAAAACCCAAACAACCUCCUCAUCCUCAACGCCGCCGCCGCCAACCCCCUCUCCUCCCCUCCGCCGCCGUCCCCCCACCACCACCACUACCAAAACCAGCAGCAGCAGUUCGUCGGCAUCCCACUGGACCCGAACUCCCACCACCACCACCACGACUUGGGGCUCAUCCCCCGCCUCCACUACAACCUCUACAACGCCGCCGCCGACCUCUCCCCCUCCGCGCGUGACACCCCACGCGCCCUCUCCCUCAGCCUCUCCUCCCAGCAGCACCACCACCACGCCGCCGCCGGGUACGGCUCCCAGUUCUCCGCCGGGGAGGACAACACCCGGGUGGUGCCGGGCGGGUCGGUUUCGUCCAAUUCCGCCGCGGCGGCCGGUGUGGCCCCCGCCGCCGCCACCACCGGUAUGCAAGGCGUGUUGCUCAGCUCCAAGUACUUGAAGGCCGCUCAGGAUUUGCUCGACCAAGUCGUCAACGUCAACGCUGACGGUAACGGUAACGGAACCAACGGCGGAAACAAGCACUCCGAGGCCGCAUCCAAGAAGGCCAGUAAUAACAAUCACAACAAUUCCGCCGGCAGCAAAGCGGCGGAGCCUGGCGAAUCGUCCGCCGGUGAUGCCGCCACGGCGCCGCCAGAGCUUUCCACCGCUGACAGGCAGGAGAUUCAGAUGAAGAAGGCCAAGCUCAUCAGCAUGCUCGAUGAGGUGGAGCAGAGGUACCGGCAGUACCACCACCAGAUGCAGACGGUGAUAGCGGCGUUCGAGCAGGCGGCGGGGAUCGGUUCGGCGAAGACGUACACGGCGCUGGCGCUGCAGACGAUCUCGAAGCAGUUCAGGUGCCUGAAGGACGCGAUCACGGGGCAAAUCAAGGCGGCGAGCAAGAGCUUAGGGGAAGAGGAAACCGUCACCGCCGGGGGGAAAAUCGAAGGUUCCAGGCUGAAAUUCGUUGAUCAUCACCUCCGGCAGCAGCGGGCGCUUCAGCAGUUGGGAAUGAUCCAGCACAAUGCUUGGAGACCCCAGAGAGGCCUGCCGGAGAGAUCCGUUUCCAUUCUCCGAGCAUGGCUCUUCGAGCACUUCCUCCAUCCAUAUCCUAAGGAUUCUGACAAGCAUAUGCUGGCCAAACAAACGGGGCUUACCAGGAGUCAGGUUUCUAAUUGGUUCAUCAACGCUCGAGUCCGGCUGUGGAAGCCAAUGGUGGAGGAGAUGUACAUGGAAGAAAUGAAGGACCAGGAACUGAACGGGACAGCAGGGGAGAAGGCCACCAAAACCGACCACAACAACAACAACGAGGAUUCGUCUUCCAAAUCUGUUUCAUUCCACGAGACUCAAAUCAGAAGCUCCUUCAACAAUAACUCACCAAACCAGCAUGUUCCCUCCGGAAUCUCAAUCUCCACGGGAGCUUCAACUUCUCCUGCUGCCACCGCCGGCAUCCUCCGAAACCAGCACUCAGCAUUCUCCCUCACAGCCUCAUCAGAGCUCGAAGGGAUCACUCAAGGUUCCCCCAAGAAGCCGAGAAACCACCACAUUGAUCUGCUGCCUCUGCCAUCGCCCACCAGCGUGGUCUCCACCAUGGAUGUGAAGCCCGGCCAUGAUUCGAGCGACGACCACCUGAUUAAGUUUGUGGACGAGAGGCAGAGCAGAGACCAUGGAGGGUACUCGUUCAUGGGCGCACAGACAAACUUCAUGGGAGCAGCUUUCGGGCAGUACCCAAUUGCAGAGAUUGAAAGAUUCAACGCGGAUCAGUUCACUCAGAGAUUCUCCUCCGGCAAUGGAGUCUCACUCAGUCUAGGCCUUCCACACUGUGAAAACCUCGCGCUGCCAGCUACCCACCACACAUUUCUCCCCAACCAGAGCAUUCCUCUGGGGAGGAGGCUCGACCUGGGAGAAACAAACGAGUUUGGGGCUAUUACCACCACCGCGCCCCACUCGUCGUCGAUGACGUUUGAGAGCAUCAAUAUACAGAACAGGAAGGGGUUCGCGGCGCAGCUUCUGCCGGACUUUGUGACCUGA